CUUCGAGCUAUUUAUAUUGUUGACAUCUGCUAUACUGAUUGUCAAAGGUAUCCCGUUUCGAGAAUUGAGAAACACUUUUGCUUUGCGCAAAUCGAUAAGAGCCAAUAUCAUUGAGAUUGUGAUCUAGUAAAAUGACUGCGGAGCUAGAUCAAUGGAUAGAAAUUACGAAGCUGUGUAAAUACUUGCCGGAGAAUGAUUUGAAGAAGCUGUGUGAUAUCGUGUGUGAUCUUUUGAUCGAAGAGUCAAACAUUCAGCCUGUGAGCACUCCCGUAACUGUAUGCGGAGAUAUCCAUGGCCAGUUCUACGACUUGGAGGAAUUGUUCCGCACGGGUGGACAUGUUCCGGAUACCAACUACAUCUUUAUGGGUGACUUUGUUGACCGAGGUUAUUACAGCCUGGAAACGUUCACGCGUCUAUUGACGCUGAAGGCUCGCUAUCCGGAUAAAAUCACGCUGCUCAGAGGCAAUCAUGAGUCACGACAAAUCACCAAAGUGUACGGGUUCUACGACGAGUGCUACAACAAAUACGGCAAUGUGAACCCUUGGAAAUAUUGCUGCCGAGUGUUCGAUUUGCUGACCAUUGCUGCCUUAAUUGACGAGGAGGUUUUGUGUGUCCAUGGGGGUCUAAGUCCAGAAAUAAAAACAUUGGACCAGAUUCGUUCGAUUAACCGUGACCAAGAGAUACCCCACAAAGGGGCUUUCUGUGAUUUGGUUUGGUCGGACCCGGAAGAAAUUGAUACAUGGGCGGAGAGCCCUCGCGGAGCUGGUUGGCUUUUCGGUGCAGCUGUAACGCGAGAUUUCAUUCAUAUCAACAAGUUGGAACUGAUUUGUCGUGCCCAUCAGCUGGUGCAUGAAGGAAUCAACUAUUUGUUUGACCAGAGGCUAGUCACGGUGUGGUCUGCUCCCAAUUACUGCUAUCGUUGUGGUAAUGUUGCCGCUAUACUCAAGUUCCACACUUCGAAAGAUUCCUCCGUUGAGAUAUUCAAGGCCGUUCCAGACAACGAGAGGGUGAUGCCAAGCCAGCGUGUGACGCCCUAUUUUUUGUAAGACUUGCCUCGUAUUCGGUUUUUUGUUGUGAAGAGUUUGUGUAAUCAAUCAAGAGAAUAAAAUUCUGCUUCGUGGUUAUAUGAUUUCA